AUGAAGGUACUCAUUACAAAUGAUGACGGUCCAUUACACGAUGAGUUUUCUCCAUAUAUUCGACCCUUUAUUAAGCAAUUGAAAAAACAAUAUCCAGAAUGGGAAAUUACUAUUCUUUUACCACAUGAACAAAAAUCUUGGAUAGGUAAAGCUCACUUAGCAGGUAAAAAGUUAUCUGCGUCCUUUCUAUACUCGAAACUAAACUCAAAUGAUAAUUCCUUCUUAGGUCCAUUCAGUCAUCCUCAAAUCCCUUUAAAGAAUUCAAAAUUACCAAGAAAUUACAUAAAUAAAACAAUAGCGAACUCGGAUGAAGAAUAUAUAGAAUGGUGUCUGUUGAAUGGUACUCCCGCAUCAUGCGCAAAUGUGGGGUUGUAUCAUCUCAUGGAACAUGAAUUCGAUAUGGUUGUGUCUGGUCCAAAUGUUGGUAGAAAUACCUCUGCUGCUUAUAUUACCUCCAGCGGUACAGUAGGUGCUGCAAUGGAAUCUGUCAUAUCAGGUAAUAAGAAAGCCAUCGCUCUAUCAUGGGCUUAUUACGAUGGACAGAAAAUUGUGGAUUAUAAUCUAAUGGAAAUUGCAGCCAUACGAUCAUUGAAUAUUAUUAAUCAUUUAUAUCACAAUUGGGAUGAUAAAACUGAUCUAUAUAGUGUCAAUAUCCCCUUAUCUCCGGAAUUGUCACUUGAUACAAAGAUAUUUUAUGCACCAAUUUGGGAAAAUAGAUGGUCUUCAAUUUAUAACAAAGCUGAGACAAGACAAAUAACUUCUCCACAAGAUAUCGAGGAUGGUACAGAAUAUCAAUCAAUCACAUUUGACUGGAAUCCACAAUUUAGCACAACAAAUUCAAAACAUCAGCCUGGAGACUUGUUAACGGACAUGAGUGUCAUAGAAAAUAACCAAAUCAGCGUAACUCCUUUAAAAGCAUCUUAUAAUAGUUUGGACCAUCUAACGGGUGAGUUGGCGGUAAACUCAAACUUAACGGUCUUUGACAGUAUGACAGGACAUGUUGUGGUCACUUUAGACAAAUCAGAAUAUAUUUAUACGCCAAUAACUAAUGCUUUAAUGAAAUAUAUACCAAAUUUGAAAUUGCUAUCCGAAUUACCUCUCAGUGGAUCUUAUGAUCAUAAAAUAUUUCAUUAUGGCGAUUAUGAACAAUUAGAUAUAGAUAGAAUGAUGACCGAUUCAAGUAAGUAUUUUACAAAUUCAUAUAUUUACAGAAAAGCACUAAUCAGAAAGCAUUAUCUUGCUGAGACUAUUCAUAGAUACAGAGCCAAACACCCUGAUUCAAUAUUAAACAAAUCAUUUUUGGAAUCGUUCCAAUUAGACCUUGAUUAUGCAGAAUUUCUAGACGAUUCUUUAGACGAUAAUUGGGAGCUAAGGCAAGAAUUGGAAAAAGGAGAGAAGUGGUGGAUUGUAAAACCAAGUAUGAGCGAUAAAGCUCAGGGUAUUCGUGUUUUUAAAACUAUUGAAGACUUACAACAAAUCUUCAAUUCUUUUGAUGAAGAUGCUACUGAUGAUGAAAGUGAAAAUUAUAAUGAUGAUGAAAAUAAGAUUAUAAUUUCCCAAUUACGCCAUUUUAUUAUCCAAGAAUAUUUACAUAACCCGUUGUUAUUGCCUUCGAUGCAUAAUAAAAAGUUUCAUAUUAGGUGUUAUAUUACCUGUAAUGGCGAUUUAGAAGUCUACGUUUAUGACAGAAUGCUGGCGUUAUUUGCACCAAACAAAUAUGUAUCACCAAAUGAAAAAACUUACGAUCCACUUGAUAUAGACUCAUUAGCUUGUCAUUUGACGAACACAUGUUUGCAAGAUGAAAAUCAACAAAAAGAACUUUCUGUUAUGGAAUUUGACGAAUUAGUGGAUAUUGAGGACUCCAUGAAAGAAAAGAUUAAAAAUCAAAUACAUGAUAUUGCUCACGAUCUCUUCUUGGCCGCUAUUGGUGUUAAUAGAAUCAAUUUUCAACCAUUACCGAAUGCAUUUGAAACAUAUGGUGUCGAUUUCUUAGUUGAUAGUAACUAUGAUGUCAAGAUCCUGGAAGUAAACGCCUAUCCGGAUUUCAAACAAACAGGCGAUGAUUUAAAAGAUCUAAUUGAUGAAUUAUUCGAUAAUACAGUUAAUUAUAUCAUUGCUCCUAUGUUGAAUGAAAAGCACAUUAUCAGUAGCUCUAAAAACAAGAAUUUCACAAAUGUAUUGAACCAUAAAUCUAAUGAAUGGUCUUAA